GCAAGCGCAUUCAUCUUUUUCCUUUUCCUGAGCUGCGAGAUCACCAUGGCAAGUGCUCAAUCGUGCUGCACUAGUAGAAAAAGAAGCAUCUUCAACAUUGUACACAUAGAGCACUGAGAUACCAACACUCUGCAUCGCAUCUCUUUCCUGAAUGUCCCAGCUCAGAGGAGUCCAUAGAGAGCUAUCACAGUGACCUUGCUCCCAGAGAAGAGGUGACAUCACAGGAGGACCAUUGGAGUCACUACUCAGGAGCAGGGCCCAUCAACAUUUCCCAGUCAUGGGUCAAACUUCUUCUUCUACAUCCCCUCCAAAAGAGGGUCCUGAUUUGACCUCCUGCUUUGGCACAAAUCUUCAGAAUUUCAAGAUGAAAACCAAAAUCCUGUCUAAGGAAUUAAUCACCUUAAUUGAAGCAUACCUAGAGGAAGGAAACCUUCGGGAAACAGUUUCUGCAAUCAGUAAUGCUCUGGGUGACAUUGAGAAAGCCCCACUGAACAUUGCAGUGAUAGGGGAAAUUGGAGUUGGAAAGUCCAGUCUCAUCAAUGCUCUACGGGGAGUAAAAGCUGAUGAAGAAGGUGCAGCUGCUACUGGGGUGAUAUGUACAACCACUGAGAGAACAUCAUACCCAUAUGCAAAGUUUCCCAGUGUGACAUUAUGGGACCUGCCUGGUAUUGGGUCUUUUGCCUUUCAACCACAUGAUUAUCUGGAGAAAAUCAAAUUUGAGGACUAUGACUUCUUCAUUAUUGUCUCUUCUGGACGCCUUAAACUUGAUGACACAGAGCUUGCCAAAGUCAUUGUGCAAAUGAAUAGGAGUUUCUAUUUUGUUCGAACCCAUACAGAUAUUGAUCUAAAGAUGGAAAAACAGUUUAAACCUAGAACAUUCAAUAAAGAGAACAUCUUAGAGCAGAUUCGAAAUACCAUUUCGAGUUUACUUAAGGAAGUGACCCACCAGGAGCCUCCAGUCUUCUUAAUCUCGAAUUUUGAUGUGUCUGACCUUGACUUCCCAAAGUUAGAAACCACUCUUCUAAGAGAACUUCCAGCAUACAAACGCCACAUGUUCAUGGUCACUUUGCCAAAUGUUACAGGUUCCACUAUAGACCGGAAGAGGGAUAUGCUGAAACAAAAGAUCUUCAACGAAUCCAGAAUUCCAAGAGCAUGGGCUGCCAUAUCAUUCAGAGGAUUGACCAAAAUUGAUCUACAGAUGUUGGAACAAACUUUGAAUGACUAUAGAUCUUCCUUUGGCCUGGAUGAGGCAUCACUGGAAAACAUAGCUGAGGAUUUGAACAUGACACUUGAGGAACUCAAGGCAAAUAUUAAGUCUCCACAUUUGCUCUCAGAUGAGCCAGAUACAUCCUUAACAGAUAAACUCUUGAGCUACAUUAGACAUCCUUACUUUUCAAAGGUUUUCCACUUGCAAAAUUAUUUCAUUGACACAGUUGCAAGUGAUGUAAAAAUUAUCCUCAAUAGUGAAGAGCUUUUGACAGCAAAGCAACCUCCAUUGUACACACCUACACACAAGCCUUCCUCUAGCAGCCUCUCUCCUCUAACUGAUCAAAUUUUGGCUUUCACCUUUGAAAAUUUUUUUAAGAAUUUCAAGAAGGAAAGCAAAAUCCUCUCUGAGGAAACCAUCACCUUGAUAGAAUCCCACCUGGAGAAUAAGAACCUUCAGGGAGCACUGUCUGAAAUUAGUCAUGCUCUGAGAAAUAUUGACAAAGCCCCAGUCAACAUUGCUGUGACUGGAGAAACAGGGACAGGGAAAUCCAGCUUUAUCAAUGCCCUGAGAGGAGUGAGGGAAGAAGAAGAAGAAGAAAAUGCAGCCCCCACUGGGGUGUUAGAGACAACCAUGAUGAGAAAUCCAUACCCACACCCAAAGAUUCCCAACGUGACAAUAUGGGACUUGCCUGGCAUUGGGACCACUAAGUUUGAACCAAAAAACUACCUAACAGAAAUGAAGUUUGGUGAGUACGACUUCUUCAUUAUUAUCUCGGCUGCACGCUUCAAAGAAAUUGAUGCAUGUCUGGCAAAAGCCAUUGCAAAGAUGAACACAAAGUUCUACUUUGUCCGAACCAAGGUAGAUCAAGAUGUCAGUAAUGAACAGAAGAGUAAACCUAAGUCUUUCAAUAGAGACAGUGUCUUAAAGAAAAUUAGAGAUGACUGUUCAGAGAAGCUUCAGAAGGCUCUCCCCAGUCAGCCUCCAGUCUUCCUAGUCUCUAACUUUGAUGUGUCUGACUUUGACUUCCCAAAGCUGGAGACCACCCUACUGAGAGAGCUCCCAGCCCACAAGCGUCAUGUCUUCAUGAUGUCCUUGCACAGUGUUACUGAGACUGCUAUUGACCAGAAGAGGGAUUUCCUCAGACAGAAGAUCUGGCUGGAGGCCCUGAAGGCUGGAGUAUGGGCCACCAUUCCACUUGGGGGCUUUAUCAGAGAUAAAAUAAAGAAGUUAGAGGAGACCUUGAAUCUCUACAGGUCUUACUUUGGGCUGGAUGAUGACUCACUAGAAAAUAUUGCCAAGGAUUUCAAUGUGUCUGUGAGUGAAAUCAAGGCACACCUUACGUCUCUCCAUUUGUUAACAGAGGACAAAGACAUGUCCUUCAAAGAAAAACUGUUGAAAUAUAUUGAAUCUAUUUCCUAUGUUACUGGGGGACCACUUGCCUCAGGCCUUUACUUUAGAAAGACUUACUAUUGGAAAAGUCUCUUUAUUGAUACUGUGGUAAGUGAUGCCAAGUCUCUCCUUAAUAAGGAAGAGUUUUUAUCAGAGAAGCCAUGAUCGUACCUGUCUCACUUCUCUUAAUACUGGGAAACAGGAAUGGAGCUGUGAGGUGUGAAACUUUGGACUGGCUUUGGGUACCAACUUAAAGCCUACUUUUAGCACAAACAAUUGUGGGAAUGACCAGAGAAUUCAUGACUUUCAGAGACAGAAUAUCACUGUACCGAGUGGAAAAAGAGUCAUCCACAGUAUAAGAACUCUCUUCCAUUCAAGUAUCAUUAUGAGAAUAUAUGGUUGUAUACAUAUGAUUUGCAAUAUGUUUGUCUAAUUAAACUUCGAUCAUUUGUCCCAUGGA